AUGGUAAACACUGAGCUGACAAAGGGUAAAAGGUUUGAAAUGGGGUUAAGGCCAGAGAUUAAGGAAAUCAUGGCAGCCCAGCAGUAUACUACUUAUGCGAAGGUUGUACGUCAAGCACAGGCAAUCUCUAAUGGUUUAGGACUGGUAAAGAAAACCCAACCUAGCACCGAGUCGUCUAUAAAGAGAAAGUGGCAAGGUUAUGAUAAGGAGAAAGGCAGGAAUCAGAAUAAGAAAGGAAAGAUUAGGUUAGACUCAAAUAAAACUUUUCCUCAAUGCUCUGAUUGCAACAAGCGACACUUGGGUGAAUGUCUUCAAGGAAAGGGAGUAUGCUACAGUUGUGGUAAGAGUGGUCAUUUCUUUAGAGAAUGUCCAGAGAAGAAGAGAGAAGCUGAUCAGUUUAAGAAGGGAAAGGCCAGAGUAUUUGCUUUGACAGGAGAAAAGGAGGAUCAGAACACAGACGUAAUAACUGGUAUGUUACCAGUAUCUGACGUACCUGCUAUUAUCCUUAUGGAUUCUGGAUCCACUCAUUCAUUUAUUUCUACAAUUUUCAUGGAUAAGAUUGGGAAUGAAUUCGUAAAAAUGAAUAACAUUUUAGAAGUUAGUACACCAUCAGGCGAAGUGAUUAAUACCAAUUAA